AUGCUUAAUUUCGAUGAGAUCCUCGGAAGAGUUGAUAAGCAUUCAUUGCCUAACACUUAUUCAACAGCUCCAACAACUUCUGAAGCUGAUGCAGCGGUAAAAUUUUGAUUUUAUGAAGUAAAAUAUGUUUUUGGUGAAUUUUGACGAUUAUGUUGUCAAAAAUUGCUCUACUCAACUGUGAAUAUGACUUAUGACGUAGCAAAACUCGUGAUGUUUUUUGCCACGGUAUUACUCAUAGUCAGAACGAGCCAAAAUCUACCAGAAAACAUGGAGACAUAUGUUUGUUUCAUUAGAAAUUCUCGAAUUUUCCAGACUGUUCGAAACUUCACCGUCCGUGCCGGCGUCGAAAAAGAGCUCUACGGAAUUCUAACAUCCAGCGAAAACAUUUGGAGUCGUUCAAAUGCUCCAGUUCAAUCUCUACUCGUCUUCGGAGAACGUGGAAUCGAAAUUCCAUCACGGGAAAUCAAACAAAAAACCUAUGAAGAUGUUUUACAAGAGGAUGGAUCAAUUAUAAAUCAACCAACUGUUUAUGUUGAAGAUAUUGAUCCAUUGGAGUUGGAAGAAGAUGUGGCAAGAGUUAAAUUGGAGGCUGAUCGCGCUUUUUUCAAUCAAAUGUUGAUUUCGAGACCAGCAGCUGCGCCAAUGACACCAGCACAACCAUUUCAUAGAGAUGUAAGGGAAGAAUUGGUUGUUCAUUAGAAAAAAGACCAAAUUAAAAUUGAAUGCUUAUUUGGCACGUGAUAGUUCACGUGGGGUAACCUCAUUUCUAGUUUUCAGUUUGUGAAAAAUUUUAGCCUGAGUUUCCCGAAAGUUAGGGUCUAGCCUUAAAAUUUUUAAGCUAAAGCUAACCAAUCAAAACAUGCUGCAAAAUAGUCGAUAAACUUUCAGGCAAUUCCAUCCAAUCAUUCCACUUUUAUCAACCCAAAUAUAACCGAUCGCCGCGAACUUGCAUUCGCCGACAAACUUCACAAAUAUCUCAAAAGUGGUGCGAAAAAGAAUCUGGUCGAGCUAAUGAAAGAAGCAGUUUUUGAGGAAAGUGGAACCGAUGGACAAUUGGCUGAUGUUUGGAAUGAUGUAUUUGCUCUAAUGAAAAAUCGAAAAGCUGGAAAUCAAGGAGACGUUGAAAAUGUGACAACAAUCGCUGGAUAUUUAUCCGACGCUUGCUCAUAUUUGCAAAAAGUAUUCGCUGAUCACAUGCAACAAGUCGUCGACAAAAAUCUCGAAUUAGCACAAAGAGGAGGAGUUCCGGGAACUCGCGGACUUGUUCACGCAUUUUUGAAAGUUCAAAAUGAUGGGGAUUUCGAAGCGGAAGAUGAUUGUAUUGAUGGAUCGCCCACGUGGCAAUUGAUUUAUCAUUGUGUGAGAGCUGGAGAUAUGAAAGAGGCGGCAGAGGCAUUGAUGAGAUUGAAGAGUUUUCCGCAAUGUGCGACACUUGUUGCUUCGUUGAAUCAUGUGGCAAGAAAUGGAAAGUAAGUUAUAUUCAUACCACAUUCAGAACCUGAAACUCUAGGUCCAAAAUUUUUUCCGCAAGUCAAUUCUUAGGGCAAAUUAAAAAAAAGUGUAAUUUGUUUUGUAUGUUUAGACAAGUUGAUUUGCACUCACGUAUAUGAUCAAACAAAACCAGAAACCCCCAUUUUACCAAAAUUUUGAAACGUAUUUUUUCCAGAGGAAAUUUUUUAAAGAAAAUGUUUCUUUGUCUGAAGAAAAACGGUGAAAAUCUCCAAUUUAAAGCAGAAAUUCAAAAAAAAAUUCAAAAUUGCAAUAUUUCUCCUGUUCCAGACUCGACGCCGAACUCAAGCGAAAAUUAAAAGUCGAAUGGCGUCAUAAUGCUGGCCACACAAAAGACAAAUACAAAAGAGCACUUUAUGCGGCUCUUUUAGGAUCUUUAGAAUCAGCUGCACUCAUUGACAAUUUGGAAAAUUGGAUUUGGUUCAAAUUGUAUCCACUUCAUGUUGAUCCACAACUCACGCCGAUUUUGUAUCAAGAAGUUCAGAAGGCUGUUUCGAUUGAUUAUGGUGAGAAAAUUUGGGGGUUUUGGGGAACAUUGUGUGAAAAUUGUAUGAAAAUCAGGAGAAGAGAAAUGCCAGAAAAAUUCACUGUUUCAAAAAUUCAUGAUUAAAUUUUUUUUAAAUUCAAGGAUGUUCUGUCUGUUGUUAUACUUAUUAUAAGCUUGAUAAUUACGUUCGAUAAGAUGAAUUCCAAAAUUCUGAAAACUAGGUGAAAAUCAUUUCAAAUCACCUGAAAAUCUUGGAUUCACCAUGAGCAAUUUUGAGAAAUCUAGAAUUAAGUUCAAGCGAUUCUUCUGUCUGAAAUUUUAGCUGUUAAAUUUUUUCAGGAGAGCAAUAUUUCAUGUCAAAUGGUGUCUCCGAUUUCCAAUAUUUUUUCACUGCACUUUGGUUAUCUGGACAAUUCGAAAGAGCUAUUCAUGUGAGUUUUCAGCCGAAUUCAAGCAAAAAUCCCCGAAUUUUCAGCUUCUUUUGGAAUGUGGUCAAAUAAUCGACAGUGUUCAUAUUGCUAUUUUGGCUCAUCGAUUGGGUUAUUUGAGAAUUGUUGAAAAGUCGACCGAUGAUAUGUGUGAGUUAUUUUUAAGUUGGAAAGAAGUUCAAAAAUAAUUUAAAAAUUGCUGAAAGUUUUUAAAGAGAAUUCCUUUGAAAUCUAAAACUUUUAACAACUUGAAAAAGGAUUUUUCUGAUAAAAAAAAAGAAGAAAAAUCUGUUUAAGAAUUUCUUGAAAACCUACAAUUUGAAUCCGGAAAUUGAUAAAAAAACAUUUUUGAGCUCUAAAUAUUUUUUGAAAUUCUCUCUUUUAAUUGAAAACUUUCUAAAACGCAUUUUUCCGAAAAAAAAGCCCCAAAGAAUUUAUGAAAACUUGAAGAGAGUCCCAAUAAUCUCAAAUAUAUGUUUUUCUUCUUGUUCCAGUGGUCAUCGACUCUUCCGAACCCACAAAAUGUCGUCUCAAUCUCGCUCGUCUCAUCGUUGCUUACACCAAAAAUUUCGAAUUAAUCGAUGUUCCGCGUUCAUUGGAUUAUUGGUUUUUGUUGCGCGGAGUCACAAAUCCAUCCGGAGCCGAUGUUUUCGAAAUGGCUGUCAGUCGAUCGGUUUAUAUUACAAAUCAGGCUGAUGCGAUUUUGGGAAGAUUGUCGGCGGAUGGAAGAAGGGAAAAUGGAUUGAUUGAUGAGUUAGUUUUUUUGGUGGGAAAAUUGUGGAUUUUGAGUGGUUUUUACACUAAAAGUUCGAUCUUUUAGCGAAUAUUUGGAAAAAAAAUUGUGGGUUUUCAGCUGUCUUAGAGCUGAAACUCCAAUAACAAAAUACUGAAAUUCAUGACCUAAAAUUAAUUUUUGAAAAAAAUUGUUUCUCUAUGAAAAUUCACUGUUUCAAAAAAUUUUUAAACAUUUGAAACUUUCAAAAUAUCUCAUUAUACAGACCGAUAGAAAAAAAUCGCAUAAGGUGAAUAUUAUUUUUUGAACAAAAAUGUCAAAAAUUGACCCAGUUAAAUAAUAUAUCACGUGUACGUGAGAUCUUAUCUCACUGGAAUAUCUAUAUAAACCCUCUCCAACACACACAAAUCAGACUUCUUCUGUACCCAACACCAGAAUCUCAACCUGAUACAACACAAAUACACAACGAAUCGACGGAAUCACGAGAAUUUAUCGUAUUCCCUAACCGUAACAAUAAAUGAUUGUAUAAUACUUCGUUGCUACCUGAGAAACCAAAAUAAUACGGAAAUUCAGUAAUAACAGUUUUCGACAAAAAAUCUACUGCUUCAAAAUUCUUCAUAGAAAUAGUGACAUUUGGACCAGAAUUGUUCUUUAAAAACAUUUUUUGACCGGAUUUUUCUAUGAAUUUCCUUCAAAUAAUCAUUUACAAAAACAAAUUCAUUGAUCUAUUCUUCACAAAAAUAGCUUUUCAAAAGACUAAUAUCAAAAUUUGGUGGGUGUUUUGCUGGCGGCAAAAAUCGACGAAUUAGUUGUUGAACUUGUCGAUGGAUAAGCAGCAAAACGAACUCGUUUUGGAAUUUUGAAACACACGCAAUUUUGAUAAGCAGAAGAACCGGUUGGUGGAAUUUGAGAUGUUGGGGAGCGAUUGGUCAAUUUUGAUAGCCACGAUUCUGAAAUUUUGGAGUUUUUUGAAGCAAAUAAAAACAAAUGAGAUUAAACCUUAUUCAUUCAGAAGUUUUUGAAAUUCUGUAAAUUUCAGAUUUUGACUGAAAAUUGUUCGUAGCUCUUGAAAUUUUCUCAUAUUCAACCUAAUUAUGCCUAAAUACCCGAAUUUUGUUUCAAAAUUGCCCCGAACCCACCCUCAAGACUUUCUGAAGUAUCUCCAUGAACCGGACAAAUCUGAUUGACUUUGAAAAUCGAUCUCGGAUGAUGAAUUCUUCCGAGAUGCGGUGGAACAAAUGUUGUAAUGUCAACUCCGCCAGCUGGACGAUCUUCAGCUUCUUCAUCCAUGUCAACAGUCUGAAAAAAUGUAAAUUUCGUGAUUUUUGGCUGAAAACACCAAAAAAGGACUCACCGCCGAUUUUUUUCGUUUUCCACAAAUCAACAUAAUUCCUGUGUUUGCAAGAAAUAUGAGUAUAAUAUGAGCAAUUGCUGGAUUGGAAAAAAUUGAAUUUAUGAGACAAGUUACUGAAUGUGAUAUCAUAACGAUCUGAAAAAUAGGAUCACUGUAGGAGAAUUUGCAGUCCUAGAGGAGUACUGUAGGACUACAAAACACCAGAAAAAUACUGUAGAUCUACAAGGUUUAACUACAGUAAUCAGGUUAGAAUUGCAGUUCUACAGUAUUCCUUUCUUUUCACUAUUUUCAACUCACUUGUAAAUUUUGAAAUUUCGGAAAUAAAUGAUUUUUCGUCAUUUUUUCGCCACGUCAAAUUUCUUUUUUUUCUUUGAAAAAUGGGUCACGUUUUUAAUUCUGUGAUUUUUCAAAAUACGUUUCCGUCAACCAAAAAUCAAAAUUGUCGAAAAAAGUCUGAAAAUACAAAUUUUUGGCUGAAAAUGUUUAGUAGAGUUUUGCACUGUUUCAAAUUUUUAUAAAAUAUUAUCUGUUAACUUUGUAAAAUAAUACUACCGAAAAUCAGAUAAUCUAGAAAAUCUCAAAAUUAAAAAAAAAAGUAUUUAUGUUUGACUGCAAAUUCUGUGGAAAAUUUUUUCACUGUUUCAACAUUUUUAUGUUAUUUGAGAGAAUGUGAAUUUAUUCGUUAUAUUUUUCACAAAACAAUUAAAUUUUUUCAGAUAUCUUUCGGAUCCAUCUGAUGUAAUUGCUCGAGUUGCUCACGACACCGAAUUAACUGGCGACUGGGAAAAUGCAGUUGGCCUAUAUUUGUUGGCAUCAAAACCCACAAAUGCUGCCAAAUUGUUGUCGGCUGAAAUUAGCGAGACUUUGAGAACUGAUAAUUAUGAGAGAAUUCGAGAUUUGAUUGCUGUUGCACAAAGUUUUCAACAAGGUUGGUUUUUGGUCUGAUUUUUGACAGAAAUUUGGGAAAUUGAUCGAUUUUCACCAAAAAUUGGAAAUCUUUUUUUCCAUCAAAAAUUCAUUUUUCAGUUCAACGUGGAUGUCAACCUUCGGAAUAUGCAACACUUUCUCUUCUUGUCGAUUUGACUGCACUUUUUGAACAUUGUAGAAAUGAGGAUGCUGAACAAGCUCUACAGUAAGCUUUUUUGGGAUCUGAAAAUCUAGGAACAAAUUUUAAAACUCUCGAAAGUUGAUUUUUUUUUUCAAAUCCUGAAAAAUAAGCUGAAUAUCCGAUAACUUCUUCUAAAAAUUCACAAAAAUAAUCAAAUUCUCUCCCAGAAAACCCCCCGUCUCCGCAAAAUUUCCUCAAUUUUCCAGUGUCUCCCACGCACUUCGCCUCAUUCCAUCUGAACCCGAAAUGGUUACCGUAAUCAUCAAUGAAUUCCACAUGGUUCCAUUAAAAGUGCGCGAUGUUCUACCGGAUGCUUGUUUGACAUUGAUGAAAUGUAUUGUCGAUUUCAGUUUGAGACAAGCAAAUGAGAAACGCGCUGGAUCGAGUUUGUUUGCCGCCAAUAAUCGAUUUGUGAAACAAGUUAGUGAUUUUUUGAGAGAUUCUGGGAUUUAG